AGGAGAGUAUGCUGUUGUCUGGAAAUAUGUGUAAAGGUCUGAAAUUUACCGUAGGUUGCACAAAGUCGGGAAAAACCCGUUGCUUCUCCAAGACGUAUCAAAUAUGACAAAGAUCACGGCUUUAUGCUAGUUUCAAACCCUCCUGAAAUUAAUUCACGCUGAAUUUUUCUAUAUGGACAAGUGUGAAUAUGAACAUGUAACUGUUUACGAUCUGAUAUGAAUAAUAAUUUAGGCUAGUGUGCCAAUUUAUGCACUCCAGUGCCAUGAUUUUGAAUGUGGGUCCUCGUCAUAUUUCACAGGAACCACUCGGAUCAAGGGACGGGACGAGUGAUUGUUUAGGCUAAUGGUUUUCCUGUCAGUGAUGGUUUAGAAGGCAGAUUGAGCUGGAGGAGACAACCAGUUGCGCGCCCGUUGCGCCUGCCAUAGCAAAACUAAUACACGUUGGUACAGUGAUUUUUUUUAAGUGACGGCAACAUAUACCAACCUCGCUCCAUAAAUAUGUGUUUUACAUGUAAUUAAAGCAGAAGACAACUGGGAGCUUGCCACCAAGGGAAGGGCAUCUGCUUUUCCUUCCCAGUUUCGUAAAAUCGCAUCCGUUCGUUAGGAGUAUGGUGGAGCUGGAAAAAGAGGUUCUGCCACUACCUCCACGGUAUCGGUUCCGAGACCUGUUGCUGGGAGACUGGCAAGCGGACGACAGAGUCCAGGUAGAGUUCUAUGUGAAUGAGAACACUUUCAAGGAGCGUCUCAAGCUGUUCUUCAUCAAAAACCAAAGAUCCAGUUUAAGGGUCCGGCUCUUCAACUUCUUCCUGAAGGUCCUGAGCUGCUUGCUCUACAUCCUGCGAGUCCUACUGGACGACCCACGGGAGGAGACGGAAGAACGCACUGGCUUUCUCAAACAGAAUGCCUCGUCACACAUCCGGAGCCAGUUUGACUGGUCUCUCAUCAUCUGGGUGAACAGACCCCUGCCUCUCUGGGCUCUACAGGUGCUGGUGGCCUUCAUCAGUUUCUCAGAGACCAUGUUGCUGGUGUACCUCAGCUACAAGGGAAACGUUUGGGAACAAGUGUUACGCAUCCCUUUCAUUCUGGAGAUGAUAAGUACGGUUCCCUUUGUAAUCACUGUGAUUUUGCCCACCCUCAGAAACCUGUUCAUCCCAGUGUUUCUGAACUGCUGGCUGGCCAAGCACGCCCUGGAGAACAUGAUUAAUGACCUGCAUCGAGCAAUCCAGCGCACACACUCCGCCAUGUUCAACCAGGUCCUCAUCCUCAUCUCUACGCUGGUCUGCCUCAUGUUUACCUGUAUCUGUGGUAUCCAGCACCUGGAGCGUGCAGGGAACAACCUGACUCUCUUUGACUCACUCUACUUCUGCGUGGUCACCUUCUCCACCGUGGGCUUCGGUGACGUCACGCCUCAGAUCUGGCCCUCACAGCUGCUGGUGGUCAUUAUGAUCUGCGUGGCCCUCAUCGUCCUCCCCAUACAGUUUGAGCAGUUGGCCUUUCUGUGGAUGGAGCGGCAAAAGUCUGGAGGGAACUACAGCCGCUAUCGCGCCCAGACGGAGAAGCAUGUGGUGCUCUGUGUCAGCUGCCUCAAGAUAGACCUUCUCAUGGACUUCCUCAACGAGUUCUUUGCCCACCCCAGACUGCAGGACUACUACGUGGUAAUCCUCUGUCCAGCUGAGAUGGACGUCCAGGUGCGGCGGGUCCUGCACAUCCCCCUAUGGGCCCAGAGGGUCAUCUACCUGCAGGGCUCUGCGCUCAAGGACCAGGACUUGAUGAGGGCCAAGAUGGAUGAUGCGGAGGCCUGCUUCAUUCUCAGCAACAGAUUUGAAGUGGAUCGCUUUGCUGCUGACCAUCAGACCAUUCUCAGGGCCUGGGCUGUAAAGGACUUCGCCCCAAACUGUCCUCUCUAUGUGCAGAUCCUCAAACCAGAAAACAAGUUUCAUGUGAAGUUUGCAGAUCAUGUGGUGUGUGAAGAGGAGUUUAAGUAUGCCAUGCUGGCCCUCAACUGCGUCUGUCCGGCCACCUCCACCCUGAUCACCUUAUUGAUCCAUUCAUCGAGAGGACAGGAGGGCGGGGCCAGCUCGGUGGACCAAUGGCAGCGGACGUACCGGCGCUGCUCAGCCAAUGAGGUGCACCACAUUCAGCUGGAGGAGAGCAAGUUUUUUGGGGAGUACCAAGGGAAGAGCUUCACCUUUGCCUCAUUUCAUGCACACAAGAAGUACGGCGUGUGUCUGAUCGGGGUGCGCCGGCUGGACACGUCUAACAUCCUGCUGAACCCGGGGCCCUGUCACAUCAUGUCCGCCUCAGACACCUGCUUCUACAUUAACAUUUCCAAGGAGGAGAACUCGGCCUUUGUCAGGGACCACAGGGAGCCCAUGCGGGGACCCGGUGGCGACCCCAGAGGCAUCCCGCAGACCAUCUACCACGGCCUCACACGCCUGCCUGUGCACAGCAUCAUCGCCAGCAUGGGUACGGUGGCCAUAGACCUGCAGGACUCCAGCGACAGCAGCCCAGAGGGGCAGGGCUCAGGGGGCAAGACACUGGCGCUACCUGCCAUGGGGGAGUCGGCGGAGGAGCGGCGGCACAGCAUCGCCCCCGUGCUGGAGCUGGUGGACGGGGUCAACGGCGCCACCUUUGACCUGCUGGGGGACCAGUCGGAGGACGAGGGGGGAGAGGAGGGGAAGGAGGAAGGCAUACGGGACCAGAAGGGGUACCCCCUGAAUUCCCCAUACAUUGGCAGCUCUCCAGCCCUGUGCCACCUGCUGCAGGAGAAGAUGCCAUUCUGCUGCCUCCGUCUGGACAAGGCCUGUCCUCACAUCCCAUUCGAGGACGCCCGCUCCUACGGGUUCAAGAACAAGCUGAUCAUCGUGUCGGCCGAGAGCGCGGGCAACGGCCUCUACAACUUCGUCGUGCCGCUGCGGGCCUACUACCGGCCCAGGAAGGAGCUGAACCCCAUCGUGCUUCUGCUUGAGAGCAUACCGGAGGCAGACUUUUUAGAAGCUAUUUGCUGGUUUCCUAUGGUUUUUUACACCGUUGGCUCUAUAGACAACUUAGACAGUCUGCUGCGCUGUGGAGUGACAUUUGCAGACACUAUGGUGGUGGUGGAUAAGGAGAGCUCCAUGAUAGCUGAGGAGGACUACAUGGCAGAUGCCAAAACCAUUGUCAACGUUCAGACGCUCUUCAGGCUGUUCCCAGCUCUCAGCAUCAUAACAGAGCUCACCCACCCGGCCAACAUGCGCUUCAUGCAGUUCAAAGUCAAAGACCACUAUUCCCUGGCCCUUUCCAAACUUGAGAAGAAGGAGCGGGAGAACGGCUCCAACCUUGUGUUCAUGUUCCGACUGCCAUUCGCGGCAGGAAGAGUCUUCAGCGUUAGCAUGCUGGACACCUUACUCUAUCAGUCCUUUGUGAAGGACUACAUGAUCUCCAUCGCCAGGCUGCUGCUGGGUCUGGACUCCAUGCCCGGGUCUGGCUUCUUAUGUGUCAUGAAGAUCACAGAGGAGGACCUGUGGAUCCGCACCUACGGGCGACUCUACCAGAAGCUCUGUUCCUCCACGGGAGACAUCCCCAUUGGCAUCUACCGCACAGAGGCUCAGAAACUACCCGUCUCAGAGUCCCAGGUGUCCAUCACAGUGGAGGACUACGAGGACACGCGGGAGCCACGGGAGCCCCUGCUCUGCCGCUCGGGUCCGCACCGUAACUCCACCUCCUCCGAGCCUCCUUCAUCGUCCUCCUCGCACUCGUCCGAGCACCCGCUUCUGCGGCGCAAGAGCAUGCAGUGGGCGCGGCGGCUCAGCCGCAAGGGCGGCCGCGGCUCGGGCGGCGCCAAGGGCCCCGGCAGCACGGCCGAGCGCAUCAGCCAGCAGCGGCUCACGCUCUUCCGCCGCUCCGAGAGGCAGGAGCUCAACUCGCUGGUGCGCACGCGAAUGAAGCACCUGGGACUCUCGCCGACCGGAUUCAACGGUAUGACGGACCAGUGCAACAGGCUCUCGUACAUCCUCAUCAACCCCUCGCCCGACACUCGACUGGAGCUGCACGACGUCGUGUAUUUGAUCCGGCCUGACCCGCUCUCUGCCGUCCCCAACCAGGGAGGCAGCCGCAAGCCCAGCGGCGGCAGGUCCGAGGGACACCGGUUUGGGUCGCAGGACAGCACGCAUCUGUGAACGGACACGGACACAACCACCAGCACAUCAAGCUGUCAAGCGAAGGAAAGUGAGACUGACAGAGGGAGAGAGAGGGAGAGAGAGAGAGAGGGAGGGAGAGAAAGAGAGAGAGAGAGAGAGAGAGAGAGAGAGAGAGAGAGAGAGAAAAAGAGUAAAAGAGGCUGAGAUAGAGAUUGAGAGAGAAUCCUUAACGGAAAUGACUCCAUUCCUUUGUUUGCCCCCGUUUGCCAAGCGAAAUGCAUGGACUUCUUUUGGAAGCUUAUUUUUCCUAAACUCUGUCUGUUAAAUCCAACGUUGUAUCCCCCGACACCAAGGAUCCUGGAGACACAUAAGUGCAUUUAAAAAGAAGAGAAAAACGUUUGUAUCAGUGUUUUUUUGUGCAUGUGAGUGUACACCUAAAAGCCAGCACUGCCUGUCUGUCCUGGACUGCCAAAGGAACACACUGCCAAAAUGUUUUUAUCAUGUGAGAGGGAGGGGCCUCCCCCGUGUGUCUUUUCAGCAUUCGGUAUUCGUGCACGGCGUCUCUAGAAGCCAGAGAGCCGAUCGGUUGUGUUGUAUCCCGCCGCUUUAGCCUGUACACUCUUUCGGGCUAUUGUCAGUGUGCCGUCUGUGUUUUUAAUACAUCCCCGAACAUGGUGUGGCACGGCGCGGGCAUCUCAGCCUACCGCCAGCGAGUCACAGGAAUAGCCUGCUAGAUCGAUUGGCCAUGGGGAUAGAAGGAAACGUCAGCCUCCCACUGUUUUAAUCUCAUCUAUAUAUUACUGUCAAAGGAGAUUCUUGGAACACAUUUAUUUAAUUGUUUAAUUGUUUAUGCCUCCCUGUCUUAAAUCAGGUUUUGAUGUUUUUUGUGGUUAAAAUUGCCCAGAAGAAAAAAAAAGAAGACAUUACGAAAAAAGGCUAUUUAACUGUUUAGGUUUUUUUUCUUUGUUUUUGUUUUAUGUUUCGUUUGCAGAAACAGGGACGUUUUCAUUGUGGCCAAGGUCGUUCCAUUCCACUGUUGUCUUAUCUGUCCGACUGCCUCUUGAUUGACCCGUCUCUUCAGAUAGAAGAUGUUAGAUGUUGGCAUGCAUGUUUGAGGCUCAUGCAUGUGCAGACCACGGACUUGCGGGAGCUGUAAGUUGUAGGCUGUGUGGCCAUUGAAGAGGUUAUGAGAGGACAGCCAGCCUGCUCCCACAGCCAAAUUACUGUGUACCAGUUCUUGCACUACUGCCUUUCAUUUAGUGCCAUUGAACCCAAUGAUACAAUAUUUACAUAAUAAAGUCACCGAAAACAGACUAAUCCAACUGUGUUUUUUUUGCAAACAGACAGAAAUGUAUCCACGGGGGCAAGGAAAUGUCAGUCUGCUAAACCGUUGCCAUGCUACAUAUUUGCCAUCCGCUCUUUGAGUCCAGUCAUGGGCACCAUUAUGAGAAGGUGAUGAAUACCUGAUACCUCAUAUCACUGCAAAUAUACCUCCCCCCUUUAUUCUCUGCACAGAUUCCCUUUAUCUCUUUCUCUCUCUCUCUCUCCCUCUCUUUCUCUCUCACACACACUGUUACUUCAUGGUGGUUGAUAUAAAUUAGCCUCUUGUGAAGGAGCCGACG